GCCCGAUUCGGGACUGGCCACAGGGAAGAAUUGUUGGAGGGCCAGCUGACAGAACAUACAGCCCACGCGCGACAAUUAUGCUCCCGACUCCCACACGUAGCUCCAAAUCCCAGCCUGCCUGCCGCCGGCCUCUCAGCUACUCGAGAUAUGGUCCUGUUCAUGCCGCAUCCUGGGUUUUCGCUGCAGGCUGGCGCACCCCGAGCCAACCUACUCUACCUGCACUCUCUGGACAGGCUGUCCUCCCUCUGCGGCCUCUGCGGGGGGAUGUUUGAGCGAGUCAUUUAUCAUCAGCCUGCGGAUACGAGUGCCUGAGCCGAAAGUGACAACCCUCGGCCUCCCGGGUCUGCAAGCCACCGGCCGCACUCAUCUCUUGCCCCAUUCGGCCCCCAAUCAGCAUAUAUAAACACCCCUCUUCCCUCUCUUCCUCCCCAUCCCUCAAGCAUCUCACCAUGGCCCUCCCCACCAAGGCCCUCGCCUUGCUUCUCCCCCUCCUGGCCAGCGCCGCCCCCGCCUACCGUCCUCUGGCCUACGAGCCCCUCCAUGCUCGCGCAGAGAACAGCACUGGUGGUGACUUCACCAUCGCCUCCCAGCAGCCCCAGUUUUCCGGCGACGUCACCGCUUGCCAAGGCUACUCUAUCAAGGACGACUCUGUGUCCACCACCUCCACGGGCGGCAUCACAGCCGAGCUCUCCCUCCUCGAGAGCUGUAACGCCUACGGUACCGAUAUCCCCUCUUUGAGCUUGUCGGUCGAGUACGAGACCGAGUCCCGCUUGCGGGUGCACAUCUACGACACCCCGCUCAAGCAGUUCCAAGUCACCAACGAGAUCCUUCCUUACCCCGAGAGGACUCUUGACGGUACCGACAGCGCCGACAAGUCGGACCUUGCGUUCGAGUAUGACAACAGCCCGUUUGCUUUCUGGGUGACACGAAAGUCGGAUGGAGUCGUGUUGUUUGACACUCGAGCCGCCAACAUUCCGACCUACGACGAGCCCGCCGAGAUCCUUGGCGAGGCCAACAACUAUACUGUCCUUCCCGCACACCCAUUGGUGUUUGAAGACCAGUACCUCCAGUUGUCGUCUGCGCUUCCCACCGGUGCUAAUAUCUAUGGUCUGGGCGAGGCUAUCUCUGGGAGUGGGUACAGGCGAAACGCUAGCAGCACUGUGCAGACAAUGUGGGCCCGAGACAUUGCCGACCCCGUCGACGAAAACCUCUACGGUACCCACCCAAUGUAUAUGGAAGUCCGACACAACGAGACAUCCAACACCCUCGCGUCGCACGGUGUCUUCCUCCGAAACUCGCAUGGUAUGGAUGUCGUACUCCGAGACGGUGCUAUCCAAUACAGGGUUAUCGGCGGUACCCUUGACCUCUACUUCCUCUCCGGCUCUACCCCCAACCAAGUCUCUGAACAAUACGCCAGCACCGUCGGUCUUCCUCAGCCCAUGCCCGAAUGGUCUUUCGGUUUCCAUCUCUGUCGAUGGGGUUAUACCUCGGCGAACCAGACGCUGGAGGUGGUCAACAGGAUGAGGGAUGCCGGGAUUCCUCUGGAGACUCAAUGGAACGACAUCGACUGGAUGCGAUCCUACCGAGAAUUCCAGUUCGACCAAAACUUUGGUAAAGAAGACUAUCAACGCCUCGUCAACACCCUCCACGAACGGGGCCAGCACUAUGUUCCCAUCAUCGACGCCGCGAUCGGAUACCCCCAGAACGCCACUGACAGGUUUGAUGUUUAUGAGCGCGGUCAUGAGCUUGGUGUUUGGAUGAAGAACCCGGAUGGGACCGAGUAUGUUGGCGCGGUUUGGCCAACUUGGGCUGUCUUCCCUGAUUGGUUCCACCCGGAUAUGCAGCAAGUUUGGACCGACGCUUUCAGGAAUCUCUCUGAAGUCGUCGACUUUGAUGGCAUCUGGCUUGACAUGAACGAGCCUUCCUCCUUCAUCGACGGCUCCGCGUCCAACUCUACCCAGUCCUUGGCUAACACCACCAUCGUACCCCCCGACUACGGAAAUGUCACCUUCCCUCCCGAUUUCCCUGAGGGCUAUUAUUCCGACGUCUCUGGUAUCAGCGGUAACAUUACCGUCGACGGGAAGCUCACCUAUGGACAAAACGGCACGGUCGUCAAGAACACAGCGCUGAGGAAGAGGGAUGAUGCCCCCAAGAUUGCAUUCGUCGAUGACCCUCCCUACCCUAUCCGAAACGGUGCCGGCCGAUUGUCUGCCAAGACUGUCAGUCCCAACGCUACGCACUAUGGUGGAGUGGAAGAGUACAGCGUCCAUAACGUUUGGGGCUCGAUGGAGGAGGUUGCGACCAGCAACAUGUUUUUGGACCUCAAGCCCGGCAAGAGGCCCUUCAUGGUUGGCCGAUCGACUUUUGCUGGCAGUGGACGAGUGUCUGCGCACUGGACGGGAGACAACUAUGCCACUUGGGCUUAUAUGAAGCGCUCUAUUGCUGGUAUCCUUCAAUUCAACCUCUUUGCCGUCCCCAUGACCGGCGCAGACGUAUGCGGCUUCAACGGCGAGACCAAUGAAGAGCUCUGUAACCGCUGGAUGCAGCUCGGCGCCUUCACUCCCUUCUACAGGAACCACAACAUCAAGACUGCUAUCAGCCAGGAGCCGUACAUCUGGGAUUCCGUUCGAGAGUCUUCCAUCACGGCUAUCAAUGCUAGACUGCAGUUGUUGCCUUACUGGUCUUCUCUUUUCGCCAAGGCCGCUAUCGCAGGAACUCCCCCCGUGACUGCACUCUUCCACGAAUUUUCGAAUGCCGAGUAUCUCGACAACGACGUCCAAUUCCUCAUCGGUCCCCACAUCAUCGUCACCCCCGUCCUCCAGCCUAACGAGACUACCACCACAGGCCAAUUCCCCACCGAAGACGGCACAUUUUGGGUCGACUGGUGGACGCACGCCAAGCUCGAUACUUCAUCCGGCAACAACCAGACCCUCGACUUGCCCCUCGGCAAAAUCGGUGUGCAUGUUAGAUCUGGUAGUGCGCUCUUGCUCUAUGACCAGUCUGGCUACACUGUCAAGGAGACGAAGGAGGGUGGGUAUGCGGUGUUGGUGGUGCUUGACGGCAAGGGCUAUGCGGAGGGUGUGCACAAGGUUGAUGACGGUGAAAGCCUUCCUGUCACCGAACAGACUUGCCUCACAUUCACGUCUACCGACUCUACCAAACUCACUUCCAAGCCCGACGGCAACUUUACCAUCGACGGCAAGCUCAAGUCCAUUACCAUCGUCGGUGUCUGGAACAAGCCUGAGAAGGUGUCGCUCAACGGCAACAGUAUCGACGAGAGCCAGGUGGCGUAUGAUGAGUCUAUUGGGGAGCUCAAGGUCACUGGAGUUGAUGGAGACCUCAACGCCGAGUGGACUUUGGAGUGGUAAAGCAAGAGCAUUUCUAAGGACAGAAGGCAAAGGACUGAAAAAGGCAAUUGUAUCAAUGGACAUAUAUAAUAUCCCUCUAGGAUUCCGGGGACGAAGGGACCUUUUCUUCUAUAGUACAGACAGUAGUAAAGACUAAGUGAUGCAGCAGUUAAACUCGAG